AUGUCGGAGGGCGAAUUGAGUUGCUGGCUGAUGAUGGGUCUCGUGUCUCUCGUGGUCAUCAUCUUGCCCUGCUACACCUCGGCCACCAAUGACUCCAAGAAAAAGACGGUGAUCGACGAGAUGGAGGUUAGCGCGGAGAAUGAAGUGGAAUGGCAUAUGCACAAAUUGGUGGACAAAUAUCUGUCAACGCUCAGCCAGGAUAUUGCAGCGAAGAAACGCCAAAAAUUGGCGGUCGCCGAGAACAGCGGAAAGGAA